GCUUGAGGGGAGAUGAGAAGGCGAAAGCUACCUUUCACAGAGCAAGUAUGCAGCCGGCUGCCAUGAAAGCUGCUUUGUCCGCCCCCUGUUGCCUUUAACCCUCAGCACCGUUAGUCUGGCUCAAGCUCGCACGUCCAGGUAGAUAUGGGGAGGCAGGCGAAGAGGAAACCUCCAAAAAGCUGCAGUGAUAAGGUCACAUACUUGUUUCCAGGCAACACACACGUGGUAAACGCACUUUGAGAACAUAGGUGGCUUGGUGUGACGUAGUGAAAGGCAACAGAUCUGUGUACUUUUAAAGUUCAAGCACCUUGUACACUGAGUUGGGAAAGACGCUGUAAAGAUAAAGUGUUGUUUCCUAUUGCAAUACAUUUGGAUCGGUGCCAGGUCUCAGUUUGUGAUGGAAGAAAUACAAAGUCAUGGAGGAAUGUGUGCAGUAGUCUUGGAUUAUCCUAAAGGCACAAUCACGAAAAGACUAUCAAAACCACUGCUCUAGCUCACAUUACAAUCAUGAGUUAGAUUUGUUAUAGAAACAAAAGAAAACAAGUGUAGUCCCUGUUUCAUUUUGUUGGAGUUGCACAAAUGACAAAACUGUACAUCAGGUUUAGUCAUUCAAAACAGGAAAAGAAAAAAUGUCAUCAACACAAGUAAUGUAAACACUCCAUCCGUGUGAGAGGAUUUACCAUCUCUGACAUGCUACUGCCCGUGUGAUAUCAGACCAUUUGCAAAUUAAAAAACACCUAUUUUUUAUCACCAAAGACCCAUUAUAAAUGGGUCUCAGGAGUGUUCAAGGAAGUAAAUGUGUAGGUAAUUGAAGGUUGAGUAAAGUGCAAUUUACAAGGAGGGCGUUGCUGUGGGCGUCAAUGAAAACACUUGACAUCGGCAGUAUCAUAUCGUGGGGGGUGAUAAAGAAGUGCAUGCAUAAAAGAAUAUUGUGAUUUAGAGGAAUGACGGAUACAGUUAAUUGUCUUUUCCCGGUGCCCCUGUGAAGUGAAGGAUUAUUCAGGAGAGGUUCACUGCUCUGCCCUUUCUUCCCCACUCCUCUCCUUUUCCCUCACCCUUUCCUCCAUUGACUCCCACUCCACGACAUCAUACUACCCCCCCACCCCCCACACACACACACACACACUUGUCUCUUGUUUUACCAUCCGCAAUCCAGACACAUAGAAGCAUGUCGUGCAGCUGCGUGAAGUCCUUGCUGGUGAGCCUGUCUCAGAGGAAGCCCCUGGAGCCGGAGGGGGAGAAGUCCACGUUUAACCGAUGCCUGACCACCCUGGACCUGGUGGCCCUCGGUGUGGGCAGCACCCUGGGGGCAGGGGUCUACGUCCUGUCUGGAGAGGUGGCCAGGGACACCGCUGGACCCAGCAUCAUCAUCUCUUUCUUCAUCGCCGCCAUGGCCUCCAUAUUCGCCGGGCUGUGCUAUGCAGAGUUUGGCUCACGGGUUCCCAAAACAGGCUCAGCGUACCUUUACAGCUAUGUGACCGUCGGGGAGCUGCUGGCUUUUAUCACCGGCUGGAAUCUGUUACUCUCCUACGUUAUAGGGACAUCCAGCGUUGCGCUGGCAUGGAGUGGGACAUUUGAUGACCUCAUAGGGGGCGUCAUAUCAAAAUUCUUUGAAGAAAAUGCAGCCAUGGGCCUCCCUGGCCUGGCCCCUUACCCAGAUGUCUUUGCUGCGGUUCUCGUCUUGCUACUGUCAGGUGUGCUCGCAUUUGGAGUGAAAGAGUCAACGACAAUCAACAAGAUUUUCACAGUAAUCAACAUCCUGGUGCUGGUGUUUGUGGCCAUCUCUGGAUUUAUCAAAGGGGACAUCUCCAACUGGCAAAUCAGCAAGGAGAGUCUGAUAAACGCCACAGCAGAAUUCAAAAAUUUGAGCUCUACUGUCAAUGUGACAAGUGUGUAUGGAGAGGGGGGAUUUUUCCCCUAUGGCAUCAGUGGAACGGUGGCCGGCGCCGCAACAUGUUUCUACGCUUUCGUUGGAUUUGACUGCAUCGCUACAACAGGCGAGGAGGUGAAGAACCCUCAGAAGUCCCUCCCUCUGGGCAUUGUGGCCUCACUUCUUAUCUGUUUCCUGGCCUACUUUGCUGUGUCUGCUGCACUCACCCUGAUGAUGCCUUACUACCUGCUCAGUGAAAAGAGCCCCCUGCCAGUGGCUUUUGACUACAUCGGUUGGGGUCCUGCUAAAUACGUUGUGGCUGUGGGAUCGCUGUGUGCCCUGUCCACCAGCCUGCUGGGAUCGAUGUUCCCGAUGCCCCGGGUCCUGUUCGCCAUGGCAAGAGACGGUCUGCUUUUCAAACCCUUGACCAAAGUCACUUCCAAGGGCAGCCCUGCCAUAGCUACCAUAUCGUCUGGGACAGUGGCAGCCAUCAUGGCUCUGCUGUUUGACCUGGAAGCCUUGGUGGAAAUGAUGUCCAUUGGCACUUUGUUUGCUUACACACUCGUAGCCAUCUGCAUCUUAAUACUGAGGUACCAAGGGGAUUCAUCUGAAGAGAAAGACCCACAGAUCCCAGAAUUGAACACCAAGUUUAGCUUCCUAAAGCCUCCAUCGACUGCCAAUUCAACCACCUCAAGAAGAGUCACAAUCUUGACUAUAAUCUCUGUUGCAUGCUUGGUUGCACUGUGUGUCACCCUGACUCAAGCCUUAGAUGCUGUGUCCCGUAUGGAAGCAUGGAGUCUGGUGCUGGUCUCUGUCCUCAUCUUCAUCGUGCUGCUAAACACUUUCCUCAUCUGGAGGCAUCCGCAAAAUUCUACCAAGGCAUCUUUCAUGGUGCCCUUACUUCCUGCUCUGCCAGUAGUGAGUACAUUCAUUAACGUCUACCUAAUGGUCCAGUUAGGUGCACAAACAUGGAUGCGAUAUGCUAUCUGGAUGGCAGUGGGGUUGCUCAUCUAUUUUGCCUAUGGUGUCAGUCACAGUGUGCAGAGGCAGCGCCUCAAGACCCAACAGGCAAAUAUCGAAACCGUCAGUGACAAAAUGGACAAGGAUAUGCUUAAAGAAGAAAGGUUCUGAGCUCAACUGGAGAGAAAUGGGUUGAGAUGUUACAGUCAGUAACUGUUAACUAAGGAUUGUUUAACAUGCAGCUCUGCCCAUGUGUUCCUGGAGUGCAACAGGUGGUCGGUGUUGAGAUGCAGGCGAAUGAGUCAACUUGUUCACUUUUACUCCACUUUAUAAGUCUUCAUUUAUCUAAAGAUUUCACUGCCACCUUUGAAAUGAUGCCUGACAUUUUUUUGGACUCGUUUAUGCUUCCUGUAUCAAAUCCAGGAUGUCCCGGAGCCUUAAUCCACCAAGUACUUUACCCUUCUUUUGAAAGCGGUAAAAGCUUAAAAUAAUUUGUUAACACUCUCCAUCAAAUUGUAAAAUAUAAAAAUCUAUUGACAUUUUUAAAAAUUCUAAUUUAUGAUUAUGAAUAACAAACAAAUUGUCUUUUAUGCAUCAAAAUGUAGAAUUACACUUAACAAAAGUACUGUGUAGGUACAAAAAUCUUGUGAAUGGUCGUUUUCUGUUUUUAGUGUGUUUAAAGAUCCACUCCAUCAAAUUUUAAGUGUAAAUAUGCUAAAUGUACAUGUUUUUCAAUGAUAUAUUGUAAAUGUAUUUCUCAAUUAAAAAGAAAGAAUGCAGUUUUAAAAAGGACUAUAACUGAA